CUCAAGCUGAGCGACAGGCACGCCGCCCAUCUCCAGCAGGAACUAACACGCACACAACGACGCGUCGAGCAGCUAGAACUGCAGGCUCAAGAACGACGGGAAGGGCCUGAUGAAAUGGAGCAAGGCGCCGAGGAGGAGAUCACUAGGCUAAAAGAGACCCUAGCAGCUGCUAACCAAGAAAUGGAACGAGGCAAGGCUGACUACGCUGAUCUCUCCAACAAGCUACAAUAUGCAGAACAGCUCCUGGAAAAGGCAAAGGCCGACUUCAGAGACAAGAACGGCCGAAUUAAAACCCUUGAAACUCACCUGGAUGAGUCAAGAAACGAGAUCAGUCGCCUAACACUACAGCUGGACUACAUCAAAGAGAAGUCCGACAGCAUCAGAGAGGAACUCAGACAUGCCUACGAACUGACGCGUGAGCAAAAGGGGGAGGGGGCAGUGCUGAAACAUUCACCGACUCCCUCUGAAGAACCUUACCUCACGACAAAGCUAAGAGAACUUGCUCCAGCCAGCCACAGAGCAUCACAUGGCUUGGACCUCAAAGACCUCGACAAGCUCGCCAGAAACAUUGGCAAAUUCACCCCAAGUGUGCCAGGUAGCCAGGAUGUCCAAGCUUAUCUGCAAGACGUCGAUUUCCAUCUGGAAAUGAGGCUCAAUGUCACGGACAAAGAUAGACUCUAUUUGCUCCGAACAACAGCCAGCCCUGACGUACGCAGCUUCCUGGACCGGCAGCCUGCUCACACAAAAACUAAUUACCACCUGCUCAGAGAAGCCCUCAUUAAAGAAUUCGCCGACCCUGAGUCAGAACAAGGACUAGUGGCUGCCCUGGAGACGAGACAAGGACGUCAUGAAUCUCCUCAAGCCUACUACAGCCGACUCAGACGAGCAUACUUCGGAACUCGCAACGAACCGAACAUGGAAGAUGAUCUAAACUUCAAAACUCUCUUCCUGAGAAACCUCCAUCCUGGAGUAAGCCACCAUCUGGGCGUUCUCGCAUGUCCGCGAACAAUGAAUGCUCAACAGUUGCGAGACUUGGCACAGAAAGCCUACGGCAAACAAAAGAUGGCCUCAGAAAAGGGCGCCAAAACCCCAACAGUUCUUGACUUCAACACUCAAAGUCAAGGUCUGGCUCUAGAGGGCGCCCAACAUCAAGACCAUGCCAAGCCGCCACACAAAGAGUGGAACACACCCUCGUCCCGAUCUGAACUUCAAAACUCUCUUCUUGAGAAACCUCCAUCCUGGAGUAAGCCACCAUCUUGA